AUGCUGGCGUCCGAGCUACCUUUUGAGAUACUUUCUCUUGUUGGAGAUUUUCUACUUACAUGCGAAAGAUUUCAAUGUAUUUUUGUCUGUAAAGGAUGGAAAGUCCCGUUUCAAGAAUCAUUUUGGAAAAACACAGAGGUCGACACUUUGGAAGAGCUUGAAAGUAUUUGUACUAUUGUAAAGUAUUCGACAAACAAUUUUCCAUAUGGUCUCAUAGCACAGACAUUGACCAUUAAUGGACAAUGCACUUUAAGCAACAUGAUGCAGAGCAAUGCUUUUAAAACCUUUCAGAAUUUGAAGCAUCUCGCUUUUCGGUGCAUAUCACUUGAUAAUUUUGACAUCAGAAAUGUAACAUAUAACUAUCCAUGGCAAUACUUAAUCAGCGUAAACCUUCGAAUCGAGACUUCAAAGCUUAAUGUACCAACACCGAUUCUCAUUAAACUCUUGACGAACUACCCCAGCCUCAAAGAGAUAAACAUUUCCACACAUUCUUCGACAAAAUUGCUUAAUUUCAACUUGAGAAACUUUAAUACACUACACAAACGAUCUCCACAACUUGAAUACAUCAAGGGAUGCUUUAGUCUUACUGAUAUUCAUCAGAAUUCGUUAAAAACAAUCCCGUCAACUACACCAGCUCUUCAUGUAACAGCACUCGAUCUCGACCUCCUAGAUUGGGACCAUUUAUGGCUAUAUUACUUCAGCUACAAGUAUCCAAACCUACAUACUUUGAAAUGGAAAACCAUGUGUGUAUCAAGAAAGCGGAUUGUUAAAAAGUACAAUGCAGAAAAAAUGGUGCUCUUAAAUUCACUUCAAAGUGUGUUCCCACACUUAGAAAUGGUGGAUUUCUACACCGAAGACCGUACGGCAUGGUCACACACUCUAUUUUGGAAGCUCCUUUGUCGGUUAAAUGUUCCAUUGAAGAGAAUAAGAUAUAUGAUCAAAUUUAGUGGUUGUGGACCGAGUUUUCUUGGAAUUAUCAUUCAACGAUUUUUCCAGUCCUUUUCAACAACACUCGAAAAAAUCUCCAUUAUCGGAGAUGCAUAUUUCAAAGCUAAAAAUAUUGUCAGGUCCGAAUUUCCCUAUUGUCCACGCCUGACGAGUAUUGAACUGACAGACUGUGGCAUAUCAAUUACAUUGGACAAUAUACUGGAUAACUGUCCCGCCUUAAGACAACUAAAGUUUUCCAGAGGACAGCUGACUAAUAGCCCAGAGGCCCACAAAGAGUCAAAUAAACAUGGACUACACAUAGUUGAACUUGAUGAAAUUGUGACAAGCGCUUCUGUGUUUAACUACAUGUCCUUCAGAUGCAGAGAUUUACAAUAUAUGAACUUGAGUCGCUCGCAGAUUGGGGGAUCGAUCUCAGCAAAGACUGGAAGCUUGUGCGUUGACAUGUCCUAUACCAGCUUCAAGCUACUACAGCUCAGUCAUGUCAGGUUUUACUCAUCUGAAAAUGCUAUGGACAAAGACACUGCUAUCAACCUGACACUACUUUCGCACUUAACUGGACUUGACAUGACAGCUGAAACAGAAGACUUGAACAAAGCUUUGGAGCAUUCUGUAGAGAACUUAGCUUGGUAUCAUCUAUAUUGUGAAUUAGGAGGCUUAUUCGACUUUACCCUAGAGGUCAGACAGCUCCUAGAACAAGAAGUCUGUGAUGUGGUUGAAUAUUUUCAGAGAUCUCGGGUUAAGAACAUGUCUCAAUCUUCUGAAGCUGACAGAUCUUUCGAUGGCCAGGUGAGCCAAGAUGACUGGAAAGAAGAUCUCUAUAGGGGUUAUGUCGAGCUCAGAUGUGGUCAUGUAGCUAAAUAUGUUGUCCCUUCAUUGUGGGUUAGCGAAAAUAGUUUCUGGAAAAGGUUGUUUGAUAGUCCUGUUAAAAUAUAG